AUAUAAUUAAAAAUUAAUUCAUAAUAAAAUAUGGAACCAAUAAUAAAUGAAUUUAAACACAACUAAAUCUAUAUUCGCCAAUACAUAACCUAAUGUUUAAGCUAAAUGACAUAUUAUAUAGAAUCAGAAGGAAAAGCUGUUAUUAUAGACCCAAUGAGAGACUAUUAUCGCUAUCUCGAAAUCCUAAACGAUCGUAAAGCAGAAUUAAAAUACAUAUUAAUGACCCAUAUCCAUGCCGACUUUGUUUCCAGUCAUAUAGAACUUCAGUAAAAAACAAAAGCUCCUAUUGUAUAUGGACCUACAGCUUAAGUAGGUUAUAAAACGGAGAUUGCAUCAGAUGGUUAAAUACUUGAACUAGGAAAGAUAAAAAUAAAAAUAAUUCAUACUCCAGGUCAUACAAAUGAAAGCUCAUGCUUUUUAUUAUUGGAUGAAAAUUUAUAAGAAUACUGUGUUUUUACAGGAGAUACUUUAUUCUUAGGAGAUGUCGGUAGACCAGAUUUAUGUUAAAAUACAGUAACAACAAAAGAAUUGUAGGCUGAAAAACUUUAUAUAUCUUUAUAAAAUAAAAUAAAGACUUUAAAUAGUAAAAAUAUAGUCUUCCCAGCACAUGGAGCAGGUUCUUCAUGUGGAAAAAAUAUUAGUGAUAAAACUCAUGAUAUACUUGAAAAUUAAUUAUAAUAAAAUUGGGCUUUAUAAAAUAAUUUAACAUUGGAUUAAUUUAUUAUAAAUGUUACUAACAUAACUGAUCCUCCAAUAUAUUAUUUUUAUGAUGCUAAAAUAAAUAAGGAAGGUUAUACAAGUUAAUUAGAUGAAAUUGUAAAAAAAUCUUAUGUUCCUUUAAAACCUAUAGAAGUUAAAGAAUUGUUAAAAAAUUAAAAUUAUUUAUUAAUUGAUUGUCGUAAAAAUAGCGAAUUUAUAUCUGAAUAUAUUCCUUAUUCUCUUUUUCUUUCUUUGGAUAUGCCUUUUGCUUAAUGGAUAGGUUGUUUGGUUUCUCCUUCUUAAAAUAUAAUAAUAUUGGUGCCUGAAGAUUAAGAAAAAGCCGCUAUAUUGAGACUUGCAAGAAUAGGAUAUGAAAACGUAAAAGGCUUUUUAAAAGGAGGUUUUUAAGCUUGGAAAAAAGAAGGUUUUGAAGUAAAAAAAGGUUAAAAUAUUUCAUCAUAAGAUUUAGUAUAGAAAAUUUAAAAAAAUGAAAAAUUUACACUUUUAGAUGUCAGAAAACCUUAAGAAUUGGAAAGUGUUGGAAAAAUAGAAAAUUCAAUAAAUGUUGAAUUGGCUAUUUUGUAAAAAGAAUUAGAAAAAAAUAAUCAUCUUUUUAAUAAUAAUGAAAAUUUAUAUAUUUUUUGCAGAUCAGGUGUUAGAUCAGUUGUAGCCUAUAGUAUUUUGGAAAAAUUCGGAUAUUAAAAUAUUGUUAAUGUACUAGGAGGAUUCACUGAUGUUAGUAAAUUUAAUAUUCCUUAGGUUAUUAAAGGUUAAUGUACAGCUAAUAAAGCUUGA